AUGUUUCCAGGCAGUGGCGGUCAUUCGUACAACAACAGUCAAGGCCAUUACCAAGGCGGCUACCCCAACCAGCAGUCCAAUUAUGGCUAUCAAGGCCCCCCACCCAGCAACCCCAACGGGCCCCCGCCUGGUAACUACUAUGGGGGCCCUCCGGGCCCUCCGCAAAACGGCUAUUAUGGUAGACCCCCACCUGGUCCCCCACACGGACCCCCGCCACACUCCCAAUGGAUUCCGCAAGGCGGGAACUUGAACUCGUCGCUAAACAACUCAAGUCACGCUCCCACGAGUGCGCCGCCCUCGGCUCCGCAGAGCUUUGGGCAGAGCAGCAACAUGACUUUCCAGUACUCCAACUGUACCGGGAAAAAGAAGGCGUUGUUGAUCGGCAUCAACUACUACGGCUCGAAGAACGAGUUGCGCGGCUGUGUCAAUGAUGUGAAGAACAUGAGCAAGUUCUUGAACCAAUACUACGGGUACUCGUACGACGACAUGGUGAUUUUGACCGACGACCAGCGUGAGAUCGCGCGACUUCCCACGAGGGACAACAUCAUACGAGCUAUGCAGUGGCUCACAAAGAAUGCGGCCCCAAACGACAGUUACUUUUUCCACAUAUCCAGUCAUGGUGGCCUUGUGCCCGACCAGAAUGGUGACGAGGAAAGUGGCUUCGACUCGUGCGUCUACCCGUUGGACUUCGAGACUGCGGGCCCCAUCAUCGAUGACGAAAUGCAUGACCUCAUGGUCAAGCCUUUGCCCCCGGGCUGCAGGUUGGUGGCUUUGUAUGAUGCCUGUCACUCGGGCACGGCCUUGGACUUGCCCUUUGUGUACUCGACCAAAGGCGUGGUGAAGGAGCCCAAUUUGUGGAAGGAUGCCGGUUCGGGUGCUUUGAAGGCGUUCAUGAACUAUGAGGCGGGCAAUAUCAGCGGCGCCAUGUCCGCGGUAUCCGGAAUCUUCAAGAAAGUGACGAAUUACCAGAGCACGGACCGGGACAAGAUUGUCCAGUCGAAAAUGUCCUCUGCAGACGUGAUUUCCUUGUCCGGAUGCAAAGAUGACCAAACCUCUGCGGACGCGGUGGAGGCAGGCCAAAGCACCGGUGCCAUGAGCUGGGCGUUCAUCAGCGUGUUGACACAAAGCAGGAACCAGUCCUACUUGUCGCUUUUGAACAACAUGAGAAGCAUUCUUUCCGCGAAAUACUCCCAAAAGCCGCAAUUGAGUGCCUCGCACCCUCAAGACAUGAACUUGGCUUUCAUCAUGUAA